AAUGGCAACCAAAUAGCUCGUCAAUUUGAACUGCUACAAACUGCAACUCUUGAGCGUCCGCACAAAUUCUCCCCUUCUGCAACAUCAAUUCGAGGCGUACAAUGCAAAGAACUGAAGCAGAUGUAACAGCCAUCAGAUAAAGAAGACGCGGACAUGAAGUUUCAGGGAAACCCAAUUUGUGAGAAACUAGUAUGCAUAAUGUCUCGCUUCUUGCUGUACUCUGCAAUGCUUUUUUUUUUAAAUCUCUCUCAGAUGCCCUCGAAAAUAACGCCAAUCAUCAUCAUCAUCAUCAUCAUCAUCACCAUCAUCAUCGAACCACCCUCGUGCGUGAUACCUGAUCAUAACAAGAUAAGACACGCCAGUAACGGAGGAAAUCAACCAAUUCCACCAAAGCUUCCACCCAUCAUCAUCAUCGUCGUCAUCAUCAUGCCUCAGCUCUUGGACUGUCAAAAGGAUUCGCAAUGCCUCCCACCAUUCAUUCUGUCUUUACUCUUUCAAACUUCAAUGCUGCCACCGGCUAGCCACCUGUUACUGAAACUCGUCCGAAUGCGGGAAAAACGAAAGGGUGACCAAAUCAUGUCCACAGAUGGACGAGAUCUAUAGGCCGUGUGGAUAUCAAUGCCAAUCGAUGAUGAAGAAGCAUCAAACUUCCACCUUCCAAAAAAACAAGAUCUUCCAACAGGUCCAAGAUGCAACAGCUCCAGCACAAACAC